UGGCGCGUUGCUAAUCCACAACCACAGGACCGCGUUACCACAGCUCCACCAACCACCUCCUUCACUGUGGACCACAGGACCGCUUUACCACAGCUCCUCCACCCACCUCCUUCACUGUGGUCCACAGGACAGCUUUACCACAGCUCCACCAACCACCUCCACCACUGUGGUCCACAGGACAGCUUUACCACAGCUCCUCCACCCCACCUCCACCACUGUGGUCCACAGGACAGCUUUACCACAGCUCCUCCACCCACCUCCACCACUGUGGUCCACAGGUCCGCGUUACCACAGCUCCUCCACCCACCUCCACCACUGUGGUCCACAGGACAGCUUUACCACAGCUCCUCCACCCACCUCCACCACUGUGGUCCACAGGACCGCUUUACCACAGCUCCUGCACCCACCUCCACCACUGUGGACCACAGGACUGCUUUACCACAGCUCCUGCACCCACCUCCACCACUGUGGACCACAGGACCGCUUUACCCUAUCAGGACAUACGCCGCUCGCCAGACCUGCCAAGGGCCCUGGCAGCCGUUCUUGUGCUGCCAAAGAGCGGUGUGUAAAAUUUAA